CCGACCCGGGAAUCGAACCCGAGACCCCUUGCCCGGCAAUCGCACAUGCGACCACUCGGCCAACGAGGCAGUCCUUGUUUAGAUUACAAAUUGUAAUAUGAUAAUAUGGCUCAAAAUUCAAUUGAUGACUUUUUCUUUAUUUGGAACAUUUUUGACUAUUGUUGUAGCAUUUAUGAGAAAACCAUGUGUGAUAUUUAUGUGAAAUUUGAUAUCUAUAGGAUUUCAUGUGACAUAGAGGUAUAUAUGAUACAUUUUCUGGCUUCUAUUAUACUGCAUAUAUUUUCUAAACUAUCUUGUAUAGUUAAACCAUAGCAACCUUUUAUAGAUGCGUUCAUAAUAAAUUUAUAUCCGUUCAUAAUCAUUCUUUAUUAUUAUGUCAACCAUGGAUAAUUCGAUGAUAAAUUAGAUAAGCUAUUUGUUUAGAUUACCCAUUACUAUAAAUUUCAUUGGAAUUUGCAAAAACAUUAGUUAACCUUCUAUAACGGCUGCAACACUAUAUUAUAAAUAAUGAGUUUCCAAAAUAAAGUAGUGAUUGUGACUGGGGCCAGCUCUGGCAUUGGAGCAGCAACUGCCGUUAAGUUUGCAGAAGAAGGAGCUAAAGUUGCCUUGGUGGGCAGGAACCAAGAGAAACUAAAUAAUGUCGCGAAAAAAUGUGGUAAUCCCUUAAUUAUCACUGCUGAUAUUACUAAAGAUGAAGACGCCAAAAGAAUUAUUGAAAAUACCUUAAGAAAUUUUGGAAAAAUUGAUAUUUUAGUAAACAACGCUGGUAUUGGUAGUAGUUCUAAUAUUCUAGAUGAAGGAGUUCUACAAAUAUAUGACAAAAUAUUAUCUACAAACCUACGCUCAGCAAUUGUUUUGACGCACCUUGCUGCACCACAUAUAGUGAAAACAAAAGGUAACAUUGUGAAUAUAUCAAGCGUUGCUGGUCAUCGCAUGAUACCUGAGUUUUCUGCUUACUGCACAGCUAAAGCUGGUUUAGACCACUUCACCAGAGCUGUAGCUCUUGAACUAGCUCCUCAGGGCGUUCGUGUCAAUGUUAUUAAUCCUGGACCUGUAAAGACAGAUAUAAUUGAAAAUUCAGGAGCAACAAAAGAAAUGUCAGAUGCUGCUUUCGAUCGUAUGCGAACGAGGACUGCACUCUCAAGAAUUUCAGAACCCGGUGAGGUAGCCGAUUUAAUUUUGUUUGUAGCCAGUGACAAAUCUAAAGCUAUUACAGGAUCAUCUAUUGUGACUGACAAUGGAAUGAUGUUAAAACCUUGAAUCAAUUUUAUUUGACGUCAUUUUAAAUUAGAAAGUAUUGUUUUAAAUCGCAAUUGUUAUCUGACGAGAUGUCCAUCUCGUUGGGGAACGCUCACGCGAUAUCUUGCCUUCGGCGUUUCCAACUACGAUCAGCUUAUCCAGGGUCUCGCCGCCCCUGUGGAUUGUGUAGCCAAAGUACUAAAGGAUACAUUGCUGGUAUAUGGUGGACAACCGAAUUUCUAUGCGAAAUUGAGCCAGUAUGGAUGCAUUGGUACGCUUUGUUGUCCAAGGUAUACAGUAGUUUCUAUUUCGAGAAGUUAAUUCCACAGUUUAAUUAAUCUUACUAUAUGUCAUUUAAUUUUUAGUUAAUAUUACUUUAAAUAAAAUGUUUAUUUACAACAAUUUUAUCGCGUUUCAAUAUUACCAUGUAAUAAUUUUAAAAUUAUCUCGCUUAUCCGCCUCGCUUAUUACGUUGAAGAAAUCAUAAAAUUCAACAUUCUUUUUAUUCGACGUAUAUAUCAAGUGUGGCUAGUGUGAGAGUAAUGCCCGGAUCUUUUGGGUAUAGUGCUUCAAAAACAGGUUUAGAUCACUUCACUAGAGCUGUGGCACUAGAACUAGCAUGUCAUUGUGUUCGUAUCAACGUGAUUUACCCAGGACCUGUAAAAACGGAUGUUGUCGGUAAUAUAGGAGCUACUAAAGAAAGAAUUAGAUGAUGCUACUUUUACCAGAUUGCAAGAAUUAACAGCGUUGAACUGUGUUUCAGUAUUUGAGGAAAUACCUGAUCUAGUUUUGUUCAUAGAUUGCGAUACGGCUCAGACUAUCAAAAGAUCGUCCUUCGUUAAUGAUAAUGGAAUGAUAUUGAAAUGUAAUUAAGUAGGUAAUAUUUUGUAAUUCAAAAUUUUGUUUUGAUAUGUUAUAUUUUCGAUUAUUUUUUCAAUGGUUUUGUUGUUGUAUGAUUAUUUUAAACACGGAUGGUUCAAGGUCCUACUCACCAUCGUUUUUACCUCUAUAUGUAUGUAUGUAGUUAAACUUUACCACAAAAAAUCUGAUUCGAUUUUAGAAAUUAGAUAUCAAGAAAUUUUUCAAAUUUUUUUUUUCCUGUAUCAU